AUGGCGAGCCACAAAGUUCUCUCGGCUGUCUGUUUCUAUAUUUUUGUACAGAUAGAAGUUGUUUUCUGUACAGAUACUCCUGUGGUCAGAAUAAACCUGGGGAAGAUUGUUGGAGACAGAAGAGAGGUGGAUACCGGGGCCAGCGCAGGUGUAGUUGAUCGCUUCCUUGGAAUACCAUAUGCAAAACCUCCAGUUGGGAGACUUCGAUUCACCAAUCCUGAGCUACACCCCGGAUGGGGAGAAAGCAUUCGACAAGCAAAACAAUUCGGUCCUCACUGCCCGCAGCCUGACAGCUCAAUUUCACUCUACGCCGUCCUAGGUCGAACAAUCAUCAACCUCACACGGGACGAAGAUUGUCUAUUUUUGAACGUGUACGUGCCACGCGGGGUUGAUAUCCUAAAUGAGACGGGCGUUCGUCUGGCUAUUCUGAUUCAUCUGCACGGUGGUUCCUUCAGAGCAGGGACAGGUGCGACUUUUAAUGGAGACACCCUCGCACAGGACGCCGAUGUGAUCGUCGUCACUGUAAACUACAGGGUGGGAUUCUUAGCGUUCUUCAACACAGGGACAGACGAGGCAAGAGGCAAUUAUGGCUUGUUCGACCAACAUUUGGCAAUUAAAUGGGUACGAGAGAACGCUGAGGCGUUUGGCGGAGACCCUGAUCGUAUUACUCUUAUUGGUGAUUCAGCAGGAGGAGCGUCGGUGGAUUUCCAGAUGAUCUCUCCGCUAAAUCGUGGUUUGAUACAGGGAGGGGUAUCAGUGAGUGGGUCGAGCUUGGCACCUUGGUCUUUGACCGAGUCUUUGAACGUCAGUUUGGAGUUUUCGAAACUGGCCGGAUGUGACAUGCCUCAACCAAGAGCAAGACUCCGCUGUCUCCGCAAUAAGGACGCUCAGGAAUUGGCGGAGAUAAGAGAGGAAGGGCUACGAGGAGGACUCGACUGGCGACCAAAUAUAGAUGGAGUAUUCAUACCAAAACACCCACGAGAACUACUGGGAGAAAACGUGACAUCCGGGCUUCGAUAUAUGGUAGGCGCUACCUCCCAUGACGGCAGUAUCUACUCACUUCCGUCAGCAGGGAACCCUCCUACUGUUGCCCAGCAACGCUUCAAUUUUCAAACGUAUGCAUCAGUCGCGUAUCAUUUCAAUUUGGAAAGCGCUGAAAUCGCUGUUGCUAGGUCCUCGCUUCAUGAAUACGGCCUCAUCCAAGACCCCAUGGAUCCUUUGGAUGUCCUGACCCGGGCGGUGCAACAGAGCACUGACUUUCUCUUCGGAAUGCCAGCAGAGGAGUCGGCGAGACUGAACGAAGCCGGAGGUGCCACGACGUACAAAUACACAUUAUCUGUUCGUCUUGGUUAUCCUUCUUCUUUUAUACCCAAGUUGCCUUUUAUACGAGCCGAACAUUUUGAUACCCGUGUUUUGUAUUUUGGUGUUUUUGAACAGCACCCAGAGGUAUAUAAUUUGACAGCUGAGGAAUUGGAACUUGGAAGAACCAUCAGGCGGUAUAUAGCCAACUUUGCCAAAAACGGUGAUCCAAAUGUUGGUGACCCGGUCAGCGUCCAAUGGCCGGAAUAUGAAGCGUCUUCCAGACAAUUCAUCAACCUGGACACGCCCACCACCGUGGAAACAUUCGAUAGGGAGCGCCAGUAUCUGUUUGCUACCGAGGUACUUCCGGCCAUAGUGACACUGGGUAAAGAGGCUGACACAGUGGCUGCACGUCCCCGUCAAUCCCAACCAUGCUCUAGGGCAGUUUGGAGAACAUAUAGGAGACCCAAGAUCCUCAGUCGUCGGUAUUUCAACUGGUUGAUGAGAAAUACUUAG